AUGAGCUGUGGUCGAACCUGCUACACUGGAGCUCGCAUUUACGUUCCCGAAGAUAUCCUUCAAGUCGGCGACAAGUCCGGUCGGAACGUUGAUCAAGGUCCGCAGAAUAGCAAGAUGCGGUAUAACAUCGAAUCUGGAAAAGAAGACGGUGCAACGGUACGCUUGAGUAGAAAGGCUUCAAAAACUGGGAAUGAUUCAGCAUACUACAUCGAACCCAACAUAUUCACGAACAAGAGGCCUGGGCUAAAGACAAGUCCACAAAUUUUACGCUCCGGGAAUCUUGGGCCCAUAAUGCAGGAUUUAAAGAGUCGAUUCUCCGCCCUACGCUCCAAAGAUGGCAUCGCAAAUGCUUGA